AUUACCAAGCACAUCUUUAUAGUGAAGCCAGAGACACCCGUCUGCAUGUGAUGAUAAAGGCUUCGGACCGUGCUUCAAUAUUUGAUGUGUUGGGCUCGAGAAUGGGAUUGGAUUUCCACCGCUGUAAAUAAAUAAAUAAAUAAAUAAAUAAGAGACCCCCUGGCUAUGCUUCACUGACCCCAGGACUUCCCUAGAUUCCACUUUGAGAACCCCUGGUACAGAUCACAGAUUAUUGAACAGGUUGGAUGAAACAGAUGUGUCCAGGUUACUUGGUAACUUUUUUAAAUGCUAAAGAAUCCCAAUUUAAUCUGGAAGGAUUAACUUCCAAGUGAGGAUUGUGAUGUGCUUGCUUUCCUUACUCUGUGAUGAUUCAACACUGUAGAUAAGCAAGGAUGUGGAGGAGCAGAGCACUAUGCUGUUUAGUGUUUUUUUUUAAACCUAUUACAUAAAAUUAAACUUUAUUCAAUUUAAUAAUGAAGGUGUUGUACUGUGUUUCUGCCUUCUUUAUAACAAACACCAUGUUUUGCUGAGAGAGCCUGAAAGAAAACCUGAUCUAUUUACUUUCUCCCUGUGAUAUUGCACAUGAUUGAUCAGUAUUAAUUACCUAAAUGACAGCAUUCAGUUACUCCUGCCUGCCGUAAAGGUCGUUUGACUUUAUGUUCAUGUUGGACUGGCCACUUUUCACUGUUUGGACAGCCAGACAUAAUAAUAACAACUGUUUUUACAUAAUUUCCUCCAUGUAAGGAAUGGCGGUGAAUGUAUACUCCACGUCUGUAACCAACGAGAACCUGAGCCGACAUGACAUGCUGGCAUGGGUGAAUGACUCUCUCCAGCUCAGCUACACCAAAAUAGAACAGCUAUGUUCAGGUGCAGCAUAUUGUCAGUUCAUGGACAUGUUAUUCCCAGGGUGUAUUUUUCUAAAGAAGGUGAAAUUCCAAGCCAAGCUGGAACACGAGUAUAUACACAAUUUCAAAGUUCUUCAGGCAGCUUUCAAGAGGAUGAGUGUGGACAAAAUAAUCCCAGUGGAAAAGCUUGUAAAAGGGAAGUUCCAAGACAACUUUGAAUUCGUCCAGUGGUUCAAGAAAUUCUUCGACGCCAACUACGACGGAAAAGAGUAUGAUCCUCUUCAAGCUAGACAGGGCCAAGACAUCGCUCCUCCCCCGAAUCCAGGUGAACCCUUUUUCUACAAACCCAAGAGAACUGGUCCAGGGCCACAGAGAACAUCGCCAACAGUACCCAAAAACAUGCCCACGCCACAGAGGGUGAUGAACAUGACUGUCAGGAAGAACCCCAGUCUUACUCGGAAUGGAGGUGGCGAUGCUGAGAUCAUGGAGCUUAAUCAACAGUUAAUGGAACUGAAGUUAACUGUAGACGGUCUGGAGAAAGAAAGAGAUUUCUACUUCAGCAAACUGCGAGACAUUGAGCUGAUCUGCCAGGAACACGAGAACGAGAACAACCCCAUCCUCUCUAGGAUAAUUGACAUCCUUUAUGCCACAGAGGAAGGAUUUGCAGCGCCAGAAGAUGAGGAAAUAGAUGAGCAGGCCCACUUGGACCAGGAUGAAUACUGAGUGCUCCCUUACCUUCCCAUCCCUUCCUCCCUCCGUUCCUCCCUUUCCAUGUCCCCAUUCUCUUGCCCCUCUACCCUCUCCUCUGCCUUCACUUUGGAAUUACUCCCCUACUGCACGCUGUUGAUAUCUCCUCCAUUACCUCUGUAUCUAUGGAUGCCCCGUAUGUACUAAGUAUCUGUUUGUCUACUCCUACUACAGUUCAUGCACUACACCUCAGAGGCCCAGUACUACCCACUUCACCCCCAGACAAUAGCAUCAGCAGUGAUAUAUCCUAGUCAUCUCAGCAUGUUUUUCAUUACUACACGGAGAAUGAACAGGAAAAAGGCAUCAGACGCUGAGGGUAGCACAAUGGACUUAACACAGUAAAUGUUACGAUGAGAAAGUAUUUUUGAAGAAAAAGAAAAAAAAGAAAAAGGAUGCUGCCUGGAAUGCAGUUAUUUGCCUUAGCUCUCCUGCAUAUUUUGUCAUCGCUCUGUACUUGCUCUGUUCAUUAAGGUUAUUCUACAAAAUAUUUAUGUUACUGACAGGCUAGCACAAGAACAAUUAAAAAUACUGUGAAUUAAAUAAGUCUGCCACAUUUGGAUUUGCUAUUUUGGGUCUUUUUGGAUAAAGCAAUUACAAAGAUAUAAUAAAGGAAGUGUAGGAAGACAAAAAAAAAAA